GCAAUUAUCUGAUUUGGUCUGAUCUGACGGGAAGAAGGCGACAAGGCUACCAUUUCCAUUAUCGUACCAUUAUGAUGAUGGCAUGUAGAAGAUUUUUAUAUAUUAAAUAAAGAACCCAGAGUCACCAAAACCACUUUGUCUUUCUGAACCAUAUUGCAAUCGAGAGCCACUCUGUGCGUGAGACUACUUCAGAAUCCAAACAUCUCUUCAAUAUGAACACUGUGAAAUCGUUCUGGGUUGGAUGGGGCUCGUUGUGUGUCGCCGGUGGGACAGCAUACUAUUUCGCAAAGCAAUCGAUCAACGCAGAUAGAGCCGCGCGGUUCGAGGCAGAUCAGAAACGCAAGAGGCAGCAGGAAGCCCUAGAAUAUUCUGGCAGAACGGGUGGUUAUGCAGGGUCAGGAAGUAAUGGCGGACCAGCAAAAUUGGACUCUGCCGGCUCUCCAAGCCAGGAAGUAUCGACAACUGAGCCUGCGCCAACAACACAUGCACCAGCGAGCGAGGGACAGCGUGUAAGGGAAAAGAGCAAAUAUGAGCCGUCGGAACCAUUCAGAUCAAAGAAAGGCGAUAGGUUCAGUUAAAUUGAGGCACGCCAUUGUCGUUCAGUAAUGCAAAUCUACUCACGGCAAUUUUGUUUGGUAUUGGAGUUGGCGCUGGGAACUGGGUGCUCCUAUGUAUGUGUAUACGUUAAUCUCACGAAACUCUACUCCUAUCGAAUUCUCGGAUUGUGUGAGCCUUUUGAAACAUGUCGUCUCUUUCAUCAUUGUUGCUACAAUCGAGCACACCAACUUAUUCGCCGCAGGCAAGAAGACAGGAACAGCCAUUACCCUUCGGGUCAAUUGAUGAAUAAAUCAGAAUUCCCCAACCCUCCAAAAAUCGAUAGAGUAAUAAAUGUAAAAUGCAAAGUAAUAAAUAACCAUGAUAAAAGGGAAGGGUUUGUAUGGAGAGCUUGCUGUAUCAAUUGAUGAUGAAUUUA